UUCAGAUAUAUUUAUGCAACUAAUCAGGCAUGAUAUGAUAUUCCAUUUCUUUUGGCUAUGCAAUAUUAUUAAGGGGUUCAAGUAUGCAGUUGUCUUUCUCAAACAAGGUGUCUGGUGUUCCUCAGUUCCUGCCUUUCAAGGAUGCAGCUCAAGAAGAUGGUCCAAGGAAGGCUGCUCAUGAUCCUAUAAUGUCAUCUGGCUUUAUGGCAAUACCGCCUGCAGAUUAUAACCAGAAACCGUUUUCUGGCUUCACCAAGAAACAAGGGGGAAACAACUACACGUUUCCACUUUAUGGCCUGCAACAAUUUGAUGGACACCAACUCCACAGUUCCCAAGAUUUGAGGAUAUUUCCAGUCUCCAGCCAGCCAAAUCAAAGAAUUGCAGUUUAUAUGAGCACUCCUCUUCUCCAGUCCCAUCUAAUUUCCACUGGACAGAACAUAGUUUGUAACACGGGAAACCCACAACCUUUUGCCGGAGUCCCGAUCAUGGCUCCCCCUGUAUCUGUUGUUCCUCCAUCAAGUUCUGUUAUUGGUACCACCGAUCUAAGGAAUGGUACCAAAUCUUUUGGGACACCAUCUCAGUUGACUGUCUUUUAUGCCGUUUCUGUAUGCGUGUAUGAUGAUGUGUCUCCCGAGAAGGCACAGGCUAUUAUGGUAAUGGCUGGAAAUGGAUAUUCUGCAGCUUAGAGUAAAACGACUCUUAGGACUCGAGCUCAGACAUCUGUACCACGACCUUCUGAUGCAUUUGUCGGCAACAAUCACUGUACCAUGGCACUAUCGUGAAGCCUUCCGUGCCAUAUUUCUGUAACCUCCCAUGUCAAUUUGCAGCCGGGUGGAGGAGCUGUAGCAUCUGCUAGUAACCAACCAGAGCCUCCAAAAUUUGUUAAUUCAUUAGGAUCUGCUAUGACAACUCUGAUUCCAGCAGGUAUUGCACUCCUAUUUUUUGUGUAGGAAUCUCCGGUAGCUACUGUAUUCUUCUCCUGUAGAUGUGCUUUAAGUUUGAGUCUUUAUAUAUAUAUAUAAGAAUUGGAGGCCUCUUUCAAAUCCCCUUCAUAAUUAUCAACAUAUUAAAUUGUAUGUCAACGAAAAUUGGAAGGAGGAAAAAAGUACUUCUUGAUUUAUUAAAUAAUCAAACCAGUACACCUUAAAGGAAAUAACGCACCAAUAUAGACACAGACACUAAAUCAAGAAAAACCAGAAAACCUCUAAGAAAACCCCCUCAAAUAGCCAAAUAAAACAAUGACAACCCUAUCCGAUACCAACUCACACCUACCCCGAGCUUCAAAUCACUAAAAACCAAAAUAACCGAAAGCAACAGCCAAAUCAAUUAAUGUGAAAAAAACACAACCGACUCCAAGAGGCGAACCAUCUACAUAUUUGGUGAAGGAACACAAUCCAAUCAAUUAAAACUCCUUCAAAAACCGCUAACAGACCAAAGCCCAAUUGCUUGCUCUUUUUAGAUUCGUGAAUUGCGAGGUCACUUUUUCUUCCCGAGCUUUGGGCCCUUCCCAAGAUCCUCUCCCUGCAACCGGAUUGAAUCACCUAUUACCCCAUUAGAAAUCAAUAAACUCGUACUGAGACCGUCUUCUGGGGCACGAGACUACACAACGUUUUGAUCUGAUCGAUCGAGGGCACUAGGUAAGGAAAACUCUGAAACUGAACAUGGUCUUGAAGCUAAACCAAUCUCACCACCGGUGGUUCCACCGCCAGGUACUUCCUUCCUUCCCAAGUUGAUUUGACAAAUUUUCCAGCGAUCCAACUGGAAAGGAACCUGGUGUACUCAGGGGGACUUCGACCAGGAGGAGGAGCUUUAAUUUGAGAAUUAGAGUGGGCCAAUGCAGCCAUGCUGGACUUGGAAUUCUCGGAUUUGUCAUUGUUAGAGCCAACAAUGUCUUUUUCAUCUUCCUCGGGAACCCAAGGAAUAGGCUUGAAACUCGGAUCGAUCUCGCGAACCAAGACUUUAAAUGGUUGGCUUUCAACCUUCAAUCCUACUACCUCGUCAAUUCUAGAGGUAGAGGGUAUUUGAGAAAAUUUUGAUUUUUGCCCGAUCAAAUGACGAAGGAUGUUGGGAAUUUUCGUCCAUAGAAAUAAUUUCCCCUCACUUUGCUGCUAUGUUUGUAAAGGUAUCUCAGCUCCAAGCAUGAAAAUGAAUCUCUCCGCAAACCAACCAAAUAUGCUGACUCUCCGCCAUCAAGUUUUUUAACCAUGAUUCAAACCUGUCGAACCAUACUGCCAGAGACUCUGAAUUCUCGACCUUUGUUAUGUUCAUUAACAUCGAGUUUUCAAAACACAAUAAGAUAACAUUUCCAGUAGCUCUGCGCUGCGAAAAACCAUUAAGGCAUUUUUCAUGCAUUUGUCUAGCAAGGUUCCGAAUGAAAGAAAAGUUUCUACACCAACACACAACGCAAUUUUCCAGCACUCGUAGUUUUUCUUCAUCAUCCACUCCUUCUAUCGAGGAUAUGACACUCCUCUUGUCAGCCACUUCCUUAUCCUUUCGAUGAAAGGAUGGAGUAGUUCUUCUCCAUAAGGAUUGCAUGAGUUUAUAUUUUGCCAUCGAAACACCAAUCUUGCAUCCAAAAAUAAAAUAGCCAUCCAUCCUAAAAGUUUUUUUCUUGGCUUCUUCUAAUGUAUCUGAUAUAGUCAAAACGAACCCCCUUACAAAAUUUUUUUAAAAGGGAUGAAAGCAUCAAUCACUUUCCAUGAUUGUAAAAAAGAGAGCCAAGCUUUUUCCAGUGAAGAUUCUCAGGAAUAUUUUCAACAAAGAGCGUAAAACAUCCAACCCUACUCCCCAUUUUAGAUGAUAUAUAAUUCUCCUUCCCCGCGAACUGUUGUCCUUCCUCCAGACACUAUUGUCAUUCCUCCCGUAACUGUUUUUGGUUCCAGACCAAACCCCGUUGAAACGAACGCCAUAUUUCACAAAUCAAUUCAAAAUUCAGACCAGAAAACAGGUUCAGACUCCAACUUUAGGAGUUGCCGAACAUGCAGAGCAGAAAUCACCUGGAGCUUUAACGAGGGACGCCGAAAAACUUCAAGAAAAAUGCAACGAUGGCUUUACCAGUUUAUUCACAGCAUAUGUAUCCUGGGUUAUGGUCGUAAAAUGGCGGAAACCCAAAAAAUCACGACAGGGAAGAUGAAGAGUUGCGACCUUCAACGAUAUAUCUGCGCCGAUUGAAGGAUUUUCUCGCAAAACUAAGCUUGAAAUUGGAAUCACAUUGACAAGACGAACUUCCCUGAGAAAAACGGCGGCGAACAGUGGUCAGAGUGUGGCGGCGGAUAGCAGUCAACGAUGAUAAGCAUCGGCGGACGACGAUGGGGAGCGACGGCAGAGGGCGACAGAUAAACGCCUUAGAACUGAAGAGAACACAAAAGACUCCUAAACUUCUAGAGAGACACUAAAACACCUCAAGUUUCGGAGUCUUGAGAGAAACACUAUUGUGUUCUUGUAGAUGCCGUGCCUUAAGCUCGUAAAGCAUCAAUGGCUCGAUUUCUAGAGAAGCGCAAAGAAAGGGUAACACACACGUCACCAUACAGCAUGAGCUAGAAAUCGCUUGAUUUCAUGCCUCUUGGAUCAGAUGGUGCUAGUUUCAGUUACAUAUGCCGGAUCAAAACCUCUUAAUCUGGUGGCGUUUGGACUAACUCGCUGCCAUAGAUGAUGUAAGAUGCCUUUGUCUAUGUUCGGUUUUUGUUGUUAGUUCUAUAAGCACAAUUCUUUAAUGUCAAAUUUUGGUUCAGUUCAUAUGUAUAUAUUUCUUCCGGUCGCACUUGGGAAUUGGUUUCCCACCGUUGAUGUGGCACCGGACAUUGAAAGCAACGAAUUUCUGCA